GAGAGAGAGGGGGGAAAUAUCUCCCUCUCCCCUUAUUCUCACACCGUCAUGGAAACAUCACACACAUCAUGGCCUAUUCUUCAUUAUUAACAGCUGCAGAGGACUUUUAGGCCGUGACCCCGAUGGCACCGUAUUUCUUAUAAUAUAGUGCUCAACUUUUGACCCGAGCCCCAUGGGUCAAAAGUAGUGCACUAAAUAGGGAAAAAGGUACCAUUUGGUACAUAUCCUUAGUGAAAUAAAGUAACUAAGUGAGGAAGGAACUGCUGAGACGGGAGAAGAGACAGUAAGAACAUUUGCCCACUGACAUGAAACAUGAGCCACCUGUCCUUAACCUAAUAGGAACUAGAUUCCAUUCCAGAGCACAUGAAAUAUUGAACACUGGGCUCUGUAUGCCCGAUAAGAACAAUGUUGCAUCUUAAAUAGCACCCUUUCCCUAGAUCGUGCGCUACUUUUGACCAGAGCCUAUGGGGCCCUGUUCAAAAGUAGUGCACUAUGUAGGGAAUAGGGUGCUCUUUGGGACGCGGUUCCAAGUGAAAGUAUUUAUAGAGGAGUCGGAGCAGGCAGCUCAUUUCCUGCACCCUGAUGAAUCAGUUUAAAGUUAGCUUCACUAAUGAGUUAGGACUUCUGACUCCUUCUGUGGUUCAGAGCAGGACUACCUCAUUAAGACCACAGAUCUUCAUUCUUUUCUUGUAGUCUCUCUCAGCGUAGUAUUUGGAUAGUUAACGAUGGCUUCCUCCCCAAUGGCACCCUAUUCCCUUUAUAGGAACAGGGUGGCAUUUGGUUGGAUUAAAACAGCGAUGAUCAAGGCAAAAAUACAUACAAAAAAAGAAGAGAGAUUCUGCAUGGCAGUUUAAGAUCUUUGUAUCGUCUCCCUUGUGGUAUUCCAGUAGGGUAUAUAAAGAAUUCAUAGGGGAAGUAUACUUGGCUAGCUUCAGCAUGCUUUUUAAGGAUGAUUCUUUAAGUCAGUGUAGAUGGAUACUCUUAAGGAUGAUUUGUUAAGUCAGUGUAGAUGGAUACUCUUAAGGAUGAUUUGUUAAGUUAGUGUAGAUGGAUACUCUUAAGGAUGAUUUGUUAAGUCAGUGUAGAUGGAUACUCUACACUGCUGUUGUUGAACAUGUUCCAGUAGAUAGAGUCAUAAGGUUUACAGGAAGUCAUCAUAAUUAAACACAUGGUGAGAUAUUCCUGCUGGAUUGUACAUUAUACUGUGAAACAUUCAUGUAGCCUGGUCCCAGAUCUGUUUGUGCUCUCAUGUCAACUCCUGUUUGCCUUGACAAGUAGUGGCAUGAUGUCACAAACAGCCUGGUACCCAGGCUAACAUCAUUGUAUUAUGAGUUAGAAUUUACUGAGCACAUAUUUUUCUCUCCCUCUCUCACACCGCCUGGACAUAUGUGCCCUGCCCGGCCCCCAUGGCUGUCGACCUCCUUGGAAACUGUAUCUCUGAUAUGUGCUAUUGCCAUGACGACAGACGAGGCGACAGAGAGCCAGCAUCAGAAGAAGCCCAGUCAGCAGGAGGCGGAGCAGCAUCAGGCCACGCCUCCUGAUCACGGACCCUCUGAGUCCCAGGCCGUCACCAGCCCCGCCACCUCGCCCCAGAGCACUGGCUCACCCUCGUACUCCUCUCCCCAGGAGGAGGUGCAGCUGAGACCCCGCCGGCGCACCUCGGCCGGCCGUGGCCUCUCGCGCCUCUUCUCCUCCUUCCUGAAGAGGCGUUCCCAGUGCGAGGAGGACGGGGGAGAGAAGGGGGAGAAAGGAGGGGACGGGGAAGAGCCCAAGGCGCCCAUCGCUGACUGUGAGCCAGAGCUCAAGAUCGACGGUGAUCAGAACCUUGACCUGCACUCGCUCAGCAGCAACGAGGCGCAGCCUGUCCAGGUAGACCAGACGGAAGACCCUGACACUGAGAAAGACUCUGAGGAAGAGGGGGGAGAGACAGAUAAGGAGAAAAGAGAAGAGGACAGUGCCCAGGAGAAGGAGAAAGAGGAGGAGGAGCCUGAGAAAGAGGGAGCAGAGAAGACCACAGAGGAAGACGCUCAACCUCCUAAGCCUCCCCGUCGACCCAGGAUCAUGCAAAUUAAAGUUACACUGCUGGACGACACUCUGUUUGAGUGUGAGCUGGAUAAACAUGCCAAAGGUGUGGAGCUGUUCACCAAGGUGUGUGACCACCUCAACCUGCUGGAGAGAGACUACUAUGGCCUGGCCAUCUGGGAGUCGCCCUCCAUGAAGACCUGGAUGGAUUUCACCAAGGAGAUCCGCAGACAGGUUCAAGGUGCAAAGUUAGACAAGAUCUGUGCAGACGCACAAUCAUGUACAGGCACCAAUUAUGACUUCACCUUCAAUGUGAAGUUCUAUCCUCCUGACCCAGCCCAGCUUUCUGAAGACAUCACCAGGUACUACCUGUGUCUCCAGCUGCGUAAGGACAUCCUGGGGGGCCGUCUACCUUGCUCCUUUGUCACGCUGGCCCUUCUGGGUUCCUACGCACUGCAGUCAGAGCUGGGGGAGUACGACCCAGAGACACACGCACCAGACUACGCCAAGGACCUGAGGCUGGCCCCAGGACAAACCAAGGAGCUAGAGAAGAAAGUCAUGGAGCUGCAUAAGACAUACAGGUCGAUGAGUCCAGCACAGGCAGACGUGGCCUUUCUGGAGAAUGCCAAGAAACUAGCCAUGUACGGAGUGGACCUGCACCAGGCCAAGGAUCUAGAUGGAGUGGACAUCAUGCUGGGUGUGUGUUCUGGGGGUUUGAUGGUCUACAAGGACAAGCUGAGGAUCAACCGUUUCCCCUGGCCCAAAGUCCUCAAGGUCUCCUACAAACGCAGCAGCUUCUUCAUCAAGAUACGCCCCUCAGAGCUGGAGCAUUACGAAAGCGCCAUCGGUUUCAGACUGCCGAACUACAAGGCCUCCAAGAAGCUGUGGAAAGUGUGUGUGGAGCAUCACACCUUCUUCAGACUGACCUCGACUGAGGUGGCUACCACUCCCAGGAAGUUCCUAGCGCUGGGUUCUAAGUUCCGCUACAGUGGGCGGACCCAGGCCCAGACCCGCCAGGCCAGCUCUAUGAUUGACAGGCCAGCCCCCCUGUUCCAACGCUCGGCCAGCAAGAGGAACUCACGCAGCCUGGACGAAGCCAUGGUGUCCACUCCAGACAAGAGCACCCGUCCAGUCAGUGCUCCCAUUAUGUCCCCCGUCUCUCCCGGGGAUGCCGCCCCGUCCCCUGUGACCUCUGCCCUGCCCCGCAGUGAGCGGCGAGAAGCAUCCACCGCCCCGGGCCGCCAGUCACGCUCAGCAGAGAGGAAGAUCAAGGAAGAGACCAAGGUGGAAAGCAAGGUGACAGAGGUCUCCAAGACACAGAGCUCCAGACCACAGUCCACCCCAGAGUUCAAGAGGGAGGGAGCCAGGAGGAGCAGGCAUCAUGCCCCUGCAGUCACCACCACCACCAACGGGACAGAGAGAGAGAGAAAGAGCCAGCAUUCGCCCCGAGACAGAAGCGGCACGGAGACGGUGCGCGUGAAGAAGAAAAGAGCUAAGAAACUUGAGGGUCAAACUAUUUAUAUCAGGCAUAGCGAUUUAAUGUUGGAGGAUCUGGAUAAGACCCAUACAGAGAUCAUGCGUCACCACACCAGUAUCAGUGAGCUGAAGAGAAGCUUCAUGGAGUCUGUUCCGGAGCCGCGGCAGAGCGAGUGGGACAAACGCCUGUCCACCCACUCACCCUUCCGCACGGCCAGCAUCAACGGACAGCUGCAGUCAGGCACUGACGGGUCUAACGUGGUGAAAACUCAGACAAUCACCAUCUCAGACGUGUCUAACUCCCUGCGAGGAGACAUCUAUAACAAGGAGGUCCCCAUCGUGCACACUGAGACCAAGACCAUUACCUACGAGUCAGCACAGUGUCUCCUUCAGCCCGUAGACAGCAUGGCAGAGAGGGACUCUGGAGUGCUGCUGAGUGCCCAGACCAUCACCUCAGAGACAGUCAGUACAACCACCACCACUCAGAUCACCAAGACGGUGAAAGGAGGGAUCUCAGAGACUCGCAUUGAGAAGAGGAUUGUUAUAACUGGAGACACGGAGAUUGAUCACGACAAGGCUCUGGCCCAGGCCAUCAAGGAGGCGAAGGAGCAGCACCCGGACAUGUCUGUGACCAAAGUGGUGGUGCACCAGGAAACAGAGAUCACCCCAGAUUAACCCCAGAUUAACCCCAGGCUCACCUCUCCUAUAACCAGCUGGGGGCCAAGACUACCACGGCGCCUGGGGAAGAUGAACUCACAUACAGCCCCGCCCUUCCCUCUCUGCUUGUGUCACCACCAUUCUUACAUGUUUACCUCAGAGCCCCCCCCCCCCCCCCCCCCUCACACCACCCAACAGCACUGCCUUGCAGACAGACACACACCACACCAGACUCCUACAUGUUUACCUCAGAGCCCCCCCCCCCUCACACCACACCAGACUCCUACAUGUUUACCCCAGAGCCCCCCCUCACACCGCAUCAGACCCCUACAUGUUUACCUCAGAGCCCCCCCCCCCCCUCACACAACACCAGACUCCUACAUGUUUACCUCAGAGCCCCCCCUCACACCACACCAGACUCCUACAUGUUUACCUCAGAGCCCCCCCCCCCCUCACACAACACCAGACUGGACCAGUCCAACCAACCAGAGUGAACAAGCUUCACUUUUGAACUAUGAACUUUGAUCCUCCCAGCCAAUGGAGUUUAACUGAAGGAGCUGAAGGAGAAGGGAGCAAACAUAACUCUUCAGAAUACUCCCAGAACAAUCCCUCUCUGUCGCCCGAACCACUGAACUGGACUUUUCUAAACAACAAAAAUAUUGAAAUAAAAUAUUUGAAUUUCUUUCCUCUUUCUCCCAUUUUUCUGGAGAUUUUAACGAGAAUUUCAAAAGGGCAUUUGGUCUUUUAAUUGUGUAGAGAUUGCAGGGACUUUGUUCAUAUUUUUCUAAGAUUUUUCUUCUCGUCGUAAUUGGAAAAAUCGGUAUCUUCAAGGUCAACUUUGAAGGGACUCUUAUUCUGAAGGCGGAUGAUAACAAGGGAUUGUGGGUGAUUUUUCUGUAACUCUUAAACCAUCAUGACACGAGGAUCCCUCUUCAAAUCAAACAACUUUACAACCAAUUUUGGUUUCAUCUCUUGUACAGUACAAAAAGUUUGUAAUAUUUAUUUUCCCUCUCAAUGUGAAAAGUAUUUUUUCAAUUUAAGUGUAAAAAAUAUCUACUUUCAUCCAAACAUUUUUGAGGGCCAAUUUAAUAUUUUUGAAGAAAAUACUUAAUUAUCUAUUCUUCUGGAUGAUAUUCACACCUUUUGACCGUUUUUUUAGUCGUCGUUGUUGUAGUCACACUGGAAAAACAGGGGCUUCAUCAGGACUGGAGUGAAAGAAGCAGCGUAUUGAAAUGACAUUAUUUAUAUUUGUUAUUUUAUUUACAUUCUCUUGUCUUAUUUCUGUGUAUGUAUCCAUUCAUUUUAGAUCACCCUGACUUUACAGGUUUGUAGUGUUAUGUUUUUGUAUUAGGCUACUCACACUGCGUUCCAACCAACAGCUACAUAACAGUCAUUCAUUUGUACCUGGCAUGGCAGAGCGGCAGAGGCAACUUUACAAUGUCCUUCAUUUUCAUGUAUUUAUACUUUUCUACCAAAGGGGGCAGUGUUUACUUAUCCAUAGAGAUGGACCGCUAUACCGAAUAUACUGUACUCUACAUGGCUAAAAGUAUGUGGGUACCGCUUCAAAUUAGUGGAUUUGGUUAUUUCAACCACACUGAUGGUGACAGGUGUAUAAAAUCGAGCACACAGCCAUGCAAUCUCCAUAGACAAACAUUGGCUGUAGAAUGGCUCGUACUUAAGAGCUCAGUGAUUUUCAAUGUUGUACCAUCAUAGGACGCCACCUUUCCAACAAGUCAGUUUGUCAUAUUUCUUCCCUGCUAGAGCUGCACCGGUCAACUGUAAGUGCUGUUAUUGUAAAGUGGAAAUGUAUAGGAGCAACAACGGCUCAGCCGCGAAGUGGUAGGCCACACAAGUUCACAGAACGGGACCGUAAAAAUUGUCUGUCCUCAGAUGCAACACUCACUAACGUCAGCACAAGAACUGCUCAUCGGGAGCUUCAUAAAAUGGGUUUCCAUGGCCGAGCAGCCGCACACAAGCCUAAGAGAUUUUGUUGAGAUUGGUGUGGAAGAACUUGACUGGCCUGCACAGAGCCCUGACCUUAACCCCAUCGAACACUUUUGGGAUGAAUUGGAACGCCGAUUGCAAGCCAGGCCUAAUUGCCCAACAUCCGUGCCUGACCUCACUAAUGCUCUUGUGGCUGAAUGGAAGCAAGUCCCCGCAGCAAUGUUCCAACAUCUAGUGGAAAGCCUUCCCAGGAGAGUGAAGGCUGUUAAAGAAGCAAAGGGGGGGACCAACUCCAUAUUAAUGCCCAUGAUUUUGGAAUGAGAUGUUCGACGAGCAGGUGUCCACAUACUUUUGGACAUGUAGUGUAUGGCACUUCUAUCUAGAAGAAGUCAGUAACAGAAAGGAUUAGCAUUCAUUGGGGUUGAUUAGAUAGAGUAGAUUAGAGAAUCAGCGUUAAAGGCCCAGUCCAGUCAAAAAGUGAUUUGUUUAUGUUUUAUAUUUCCACAGUAUGAGGUUGGAAUAAUACUGUGGAAAUGAUGAUAAUGAUGAUAAUGUCCUUUUAGUGUAAGAGCUGUUUUAAAAAGACCCCCUGAAAUGUUUGCCUGUUUUGUGUGAGAUGGAGUUUUGGCAUCACCAGUCAGUAAAUUAGUUAAUAGACCAAUAAGAAAGAGAGUUCCAAACCUCUCUGCCAAUAACAGCUAGUUUUUAGUUUCCCCCUCCCCACCCAGACCACUCCCAGACAGUCCUAGCAAAAUUAUUGCUUAAGAAAUGGCUCUUUGUUAAGAAGCUAUUUUUGCACAUUUUUUACAAUUUUAAUGAAAAACCAUCACAGUAAGGUACUUAAUUGUUCCCCAGAAUUGAUUUGAUAUUGAGAUAAAAAUGGCUGCAUGGGACCUUUUUAAAGUAAAAGAAAAGAGCUCAAAGUCGACAAAGCGUCAAUUGUGAUUUUGGGAGCCCUUUCCCUCUGGUUGCCUCUUUGGUGUUCUCCUUUUAGAAGGCUGUACUAUUAACAGCAGCACAAAAUAAAUGUUUCGGUUUUUUUUUGUUUACUCCCAUGUAUUUUUCUGUGAAGUGUAUACAUUUAUUUAAUCCUCCUGUGGAGUGCACACUGUCCCUUUUAAUAACAACCCAUUAUUUAAGCAGAGAGUACAGCACACACUGUUUUAAAAUGCUUUGGUCUAUUUACUACUAAUAGUAUUACAUUGUACAGAAUCCAACGUCUUGUAGCUCUUUCAGUGUGUUGUCUUUUUCUUCCCUUUUCUGCGUUAAUGAUGGAUGGAGAACCAGCCUGUACAUCUCUUUAGGUUCAUGUUUAUUUCUUCAUAGUGCUCUCUCUCUCUCUCUCUCUCUCUCUCUCUCUGUCUCUCUCUCUCUACCUCUCUGUCUCUCUCUCUCUCUCUGUCGCUUUGUCUCUCGCUCUCUCUCUCUCUCUCUUUCUCUGUCUCUCUUUCUCUCUCUCUCUUUCUCUCUCUUUCUCUCUCUGUCUCUCUCUUUCUCUGUCUCUCUUUCUCUCUCUCUCUCUCUCUCUCUCUCUGUCUCUCUCACUCUCUCUCUCACUCUCUGUCUCUGUGUGUUUUGCCAUCACUGAAAGAGAUGAUAUGUAAUAAAACAGCACCCACUAAAUAAACACAAAUGUAGACGUACCUUAUUCUGAA